UACAUUAUACAGUUUAGGCACGGCCAAACAUAAACACAUUAAACCAUUUUUGAUUGUCAAACAGCGUAGUUUCCUUGCUUUUUAGAUAUAUGUAACUGGUUGGUACACACAUUAGUGGUCUAAGAAAGUAGUUCACCAUUUUUGUGCUUACUCAUACUUGCUUAAUUCAGUAGAUCUAUCAAUUUAUUAUAGUGGAGCUCGUCAACAGUUAGUAUGUAUUGCUCAACAGUUAGUAUGUACUGCACGCCCCAGCACUCCUGAUUAAAUAGUAUUUGAAUUGGAUCACUACGAGGCCAACAAAGGAUAGCUCUGUGCAUCAUCAGAUCUGGUCCUUUUGUGUAAAAGCGACCUAUGAGGUUAUCAAACCUUGAACCUAUACACACUGAAUAUCAGUAAAAUGCUAAUUAGAUCACUAUGCAAGAGGGAAUAAAAUGGGGCACAAAGGUUAUUGUAAUCAGAGUUAAAAAGACAGAAGACAACCUAGCUGUUACACAGCGUAGCACGUUUGUGGUUUAAACAAAAGCAACGUACCCACUUCAUGCAUCACAAGAUGAGGCUCGUGGUGUUUAUGAAAGCUACAGUACUUCCUGUUGUUUUGCUGAUAUUUGUCUGUCAUGCACAAGAGCAACAAGUUCAAGAGUGUCUAGUAAGAGCUAGCGAGUGCUCAGGCAGUUGCUUGAAUGGAUCUCUAAACCUUACUCUAAAUGAGUAUGCCCAGAAUAGUAUCCCUUUUUGUCGAUCAACCUCCAUAAUGAUUGCACUUCCUGCAGGAGAGCAUAUUUUAGAUCAUGAUUUAAGUGCCGAGAAUAUUUCAGAUUUUUCGCUAGUAGCAACUGGUAUCGCAAUUAUCAACUGCCAGAAUGUAUCACUAAACUUUAGAUUCAUUGAAAGGCUUGUGUUAACGAACAUAAAAUUCGUUUCUUGUGGAUCGAACGAUUCGCAUGGUUUAACCUUCAGCAAUGUUAAAGCUGUGCACAUCGUAAACAUCACUAUCACACAUAGUACCUUCGGUGCUCUCAGCAUUGUUAAAAGUGAUGUUGUUAAUGCUAUUGAUGUUACAAUUUCCCAUCAUAUUAACUCUCGAAGCACACUUUUGGUACUGAAAAAUUUGACUCUAGUAACUUUUUCCGGCACAACCAAAAUCUCAAAUAAUAGUCUAGAAAAUGAAGCUCCGAGUAUGAUUGCUCAUAUUGAAAACUGUACUAUGACAGCGGAGAACAUGGUAUCUUCAGACAAUGUUAGCCCUUUUGGUGUGGUGGUUAUCAAUAGUACUAUUAGUGGUACUGGUGAAUGGAACUUCAGCCAAAACAGAAUAUCGAAAGGAGGAGGGUCUCUAUCACUGACAAACAACACAGAGGCUCAAUUUCAUGGAACAAUAAUUUUCUUUAAAAAUUAUGCGGAAAAUUUUCAGGAAACAACAGGCGGAAUGCUUCUUAGACAUAGUUGUCUCAACUUGACUGGGACUCUGCAAUCAAUUGCUAACCAAGGACACACAACGUCGAUUCAGGCUAUCCAAUCACAUAUAACCAUUAAUGGAAAUCUAACGAUAAACAACAAUUGCAAUGGCUUCGUAGGUCUAUCACUAGCAGGACGGACAGUGUUAACAGUUCACGGCUCUCUAAAAGUCCACAAGAACACCUUACUUAUGGGGGCUCCCUUACAACCAGAAGGUGGGUUUGGCCCUGGGGGUACAGUUGGAAUUGAAGAUUCUCAACUUACGGUAGUUGGUGAAGUAUCUUUUUUGAAUAAUACACUAUCUCCGAUAACUGCCUACAAUGGAAAAAUAAACCUGAUGAGCCAUAAUUUUACUAUAGUAUUUGAAAAUAAUGCUGGAGUAUUGUUUGCUGUGAGAUCAUCAAUUGAGAUAAAAGGUUCCUCCCGUUUUACUGCCAACGAUAAAGAAGAUGAUUUCAAAGAUGGAACACUUGCUAUACAAGAAAGCACACUUGAACUUGGUGGCAUGUACACGUUUAACAAAAAUAUGCUGUACGACGAAAAUGGUGGAGCAAUAUAUGCAACAAUAAAAAGCUUGGUAAAGUUUAGUGGCCAUGGAAUUUUUUCACACAACAGUGCAAAUUAUGGUGGUGCAAUCUACCUCGAUCAAUUGUCCAGAAUUGAGAUGGAAAACGAAACAAAAUUGUUAUUUGAGUAUAAUAAAGCUGUAAAAGGAGGUGCUAUAUUUAUUGGAACUUCAAUCAGGAAUGUAAACUGUUCAAGUCCUCUGAGGAAUUGCUUAUUUGAUGAAGUCAACAAUCAUGAUGUUGCCGUAAUAUUCAAACACAACAAAGCAUACCCUGGGGCCAGCGUUCUUCAUGUAAACUUUGACGAUGCACCACCUAUUCUAAUGGAUUAUCAAGCCUUAAGAAACCUGGAAAGCACAUUUAAAAUUCUAUCCAAUAACUCACUCCCUCAAAAAUUCUCUGACAGUUACAGAUUUGACUUAUGCAACUGCACGAAUAAAUGCUGCGACUUAAAUGCUACCAGAGGCAAAGAAUUUUAUCUCGGUGCUCGUGCUUUCAAGUUUUAUGGUGAUAAAAACAUGUCAGAACCGAUUAGGGGAAAUCUAUACUCCUCAUUGAGAUCUUUCGACACUAACUCAGAAGUCAUAUCUUAUGUAAUGAUUGGUAAUGGUGAACUUCAAAGAGUUAGUUCUCAAGACUGCAGUGAAAUUAAACUCACAGUUAUGUCACCAGAAGACGAAGAAACUAUACUCCUAACUAUUGGUGAAUCAUUUCUUGAUAAACAGAAAACAAUUCAAGUGAAAGUAUCUCUCAACACACCAUGUCCACGUGGGUUUCCGCUCAACAUAAACAGAACCAGUUGCGAAUGUGACGAAAAUAUUAUGAAGUAUUUGAAAAGCUGUGAUAUCAAUGAAAUGGACGGUUAUCUAAAGCUUAAAGAAUUUCAAUCGUAUUGGAUAGCUCCUUACGAAUUGAACAAUUCAAUGUAUGAAAGUUCGCUAUCGUUUUACCGAAACUGUCCACAUGGUUAUUGUAUUACAGAUGGUCCUUUUAAAUUCGAAGAAGAUAGCAUUUGCGACAAUAAUCGAUCUGGCUUACUAUGUGGAGAAUGCACAGAGGAUUAUAGUCUUUUAAUAGGGGGUGAGAAAUGUGGCUACUGCUCAAAUAAUUCAUCUGUAGCACUUAUUGUUUUGUUUGCUGCUUUGGGAAUUAUUUUGAUUGCUUUUAUUUUUUUCACACAAAUGACAGUGGCUACAGGGACCAUCAAUGGACUAAUUUUUUACGUUAACAUUGUAAAUGCAAAUCGAAAUGUGUUUUUUCCGGAGAGCUUUUCCCCUGGCUUGAGUGUUUUUAUUUCUUGGCUGAAUUUGGACUUUGGUUUUGAAAUGUGUUUUUAUCACCGGAUGAACCAAUCGAUUUAUACUGGCUUGCAAUUCUUGUUUCCACUAUAUCUGUGGCUAAUAUCCGCAGUGAUAAUUAUUGUGUGUCACUUUUCAGUUCGAAUAUCAACAUUUUUUGGAAAAAGUGAUCCCGUAGCAGUUCUAGCUACGAUAAUCUUGCUGUCAUACAAUUCAUUGGUACACACUAUCAUUAGGAUUUUAUCCGUUGUUACUCUUAAUACUCCUGACGACUCAGGAUUGCAUGUAUGGCUCUAUAAUGGGAACAUUGUAUAUGGAACAGAGAAUCACGUAAUCCUUAUUGUAAUUGCUAUCGUGUUUCUUGUUUGUUUUUUCCUGCCAUACACACUUGUGUUGACCUCAUCCCAACUCCUGCAGCGAACUAGAUGUGCCUCUAAAAUGUUCCAGUAUUUGAGCUUGCAACCAUUUAUCCACGUUUAUCAAGUGCCAUUCAAGGCUUCUCAUCGUUAUUGGGUAGGACUUUGCUUCCUAAUGCGUUGUGUGUUGCUAAUUAUAUUUGCUACCGUGGAGAGUAUACACGCAAAUCUCUUUGCUCUAAUCACCCUUUGUUUAAUAUCACUGAGUAUGUUUCGAGUAACUGGCGGCAUCUACAAUGAAACAUGGAUUGAUCUCCUCGAGAUUUCAUUCAUUUUGAACCUAGGCAUUCUUGCUACCUCUACUUGGUAUGCUAUAUCAAAAAAAGAAAAACAAGAAAUUGCUACGUAUAUUUCUGUCUCAGUUGCACUCCUAUCGUUUGUCGUGCUUGUGUUUAUGCACGUGUUUUGGCGACUUAGGAAACUACCUAAAUUCAGGAAGAAGAUGGAGUACAUGAUGAACAAAACAAAGGACUCGGGUUUGGAAUCACCUGAAAAGAAUCCUCAGAAAAAAGAAGCUGGCACCGAGCGUCCAACAAACACACUUGUUGAAUUGAAAGAAAGUUGCCAGGUUGUUGAUCUCAGGGAACCAUUGCUUGAGAGUGUAAUACAGUGACCAGAUGUAUUAGUGCAUGCACAUGCAUAGUUUGAACGAUCUACAUACUGUAGGUACGUACAAGUAACAUAAUACGCAAUACAUAGCAUAAACACUUAAAAGUUUCUAUAGCAUUCAGUGUCUUGCUUUUCUAUUAAUUUUUUGAUAUUGGGCAUGCAUACAUGUAGAUCUAUCACAAUGUCAUAAUUAUUCACUUAUAUAAUUAUUAUAUAUAAUGUUAUUCAUCUG